ACCUGCUAGGCAUCAGAGAGCAUCAUGGCAGAGCAGGUGGACCUGAGCCGGGCCCAGGUGUGCGGGAUCCUGCGGGAAGAGCUGUACCGGGGUGAUGCCUUCCAUCAGUCCGAAACACAUAUCUUCAUCAUCAUGGGGGCAUCGGGUGACCUGGCCAAGAAGAAGAUCUACCCCACCAUCUGGUGGCUGCUCCGGGAUGGCCUCCUGCCUGAAAACACCUUCAUCGUGGGCUAUGCCCGCUCUCGCCUCACGGUGGCUGACAUUCGUCAGCAGAGCGAGCCCUUCUUCAAAGCCACCCCCGAGGAGAAGGCCAAGCUGGAGGAGUUCUUUGCCCGCCACUCCUACGUGUCUGGCCAGUACGAUCAAGCAGCCUCCUAUGAGCACCUCAAUGACCACAUAAACGCCCUCUGCCAGGGGUCCCAGGCCAACCGCCUCUUCUACCUGGCCUUGCCCCCCACUGUCUACGAGGCCAUCACCACGAACAUCCGAGAGACGUGCAUGAGCCAGACGGGCUGGAACCGCAUCAUUGUAGAGAAGCCCUUCGGGAAGGACCUGCAGAGCUCCGACCGCCUGUCCAACCACAUCUCCUCCCUGUUCUGUGAGGACCAGAUCUACCGCAUCGACCACUACCUGGGCAAGGAGAUGGUCCAGAACCUGAUGGUGCUGAGGUUUGCCAACAGGAUCUUUGGCCCCAUCUGGAACCGGGACAAUGUCGCCUGCGUCAUCCUCACCUUCAAGGAGCCCUUUGGUAUUGAGGGCCGCGGGGGCUACUUCGAUGAAUUUGGGAUCAUCCGGGACGUGAUGCAGAACCACCUGCUGCAGAUGCUGUGUCUGGUGGCCAUGGAGAAGCCGGCCUCCACGGACUCGGACGACGUCCGCAAUGAGAAGGUCAAGGUGUUGAAAUGCAUCUCAGAGGCACAGUUGAAAAAUGUGGUGUUGGGUCAGUACGUGGGCAAUCCCAAGGGGGAGGGCGAGGCCACCAAAGGGUACCUGGACAACCCCACGGUGCCCCGGGGAUCCACCACUGCCACCUUCGCAGCUGUUGUCCUCUAUGUGGAAAACGAGAGGUGGGAUGGGGUGCCCUUCAUCCUGCGCUGCGGCAAAGCCCUGAACGAGCGCAAGGCCGAGGUGCGCCUGCAGUUCCGCGACGUGGCCGGCGACAUCUUCCAGCAGCAGUGCAAGCGCAACGAGCUGGUGAUCCGUGUGCAGCCCAACGAGGCCGUGUACACCAAGAUGAUGACCAAGAAGCCCGGCAUGUUCUUCAACCCCGAGGAGUCCGAGCUGGACCUCAUCUACGGCAACAGAUACAAGAACGCGAAGCUCCCCGAUGCCUAUGAGCGCCUCAUCCUGGACGUGUUCUGUGGGAACCAGAUGCACUUUGUGCGCAGUGACGAGCUGCGGCAGGCCUGGCGGGUCUUCACGCCGCUGCUGCACCAGAUCGAGCGCGAGAAGCCGCAGCCCAUCCCCUACGUUUAUGGCAGCCAAGGUCCAGCGGAAGCAGAUGAGCUGAUGAAGAGAGUGGGCUUCCAGUAUGGGGGCACUAACAAGUGGGUGACACCCCACAAGCUCUGA